UGAAAACUGAACCUCAUGAGUUAUCAAAACCAAAUUCUCAGUAGCCUCUGCUGAAGACACAUGCUUCUCCAGAGCUCCUGUUAUUUCCAUCAUUGCUCUGUUCAGACGAUAUUCCCAAGCUUUGAUUUGUCAAACUGAGGAUGUCGGGAAGCACCGGGAACGGGAAGUUGCGUCAGUGGCUCAUCGAGCAGGUGGACACUGGGAAAUACCCCGGUUUAGUUUGGGAGGACCGGGAGCGGACCGUGUUCCGCAUCCCGUGGAAACACGCAGGGAAGCAGGACUACAACCGAGACGAGGACGCCGCGCUCUUCAAGGCCUGGGCUCUGUUUAAGGGCAAGUAUCGCGAAGGAAUUGAUAAACCGGAUCCUCCCACCUGGAAAACCCGGCUCAGGUGCGCCUUGAACAAGAGCAGCGACUUCGAGGAGCUCGUGGGCCGAAGCCAGCUGGACGUGUCUGAACCGUUUAAAGUGUACCGCGUUAUUCCCGAGGGAACCAAAAGAGCACCAAAAUCAUAUGAAAAAGUUUCCACAAGCUUGAGUCACCAUAACUACCCGUUUUAUCCUUCAUAUGAACCCAUGGAGGGUCAGGUGUGUAACUUCCUGUGUGAGCAGAACUCACUGUCCGAUGUCCACUUCAGCCAGAACUCGCGCUGGGACACCGGGUACCAGAUAAGUGGCUCUUUCUACAGCUGUAAUACGUUCGACUCGCCUCCCUCACCGUUCUCCCUGGAUGCCAGCAUGAGAUCAGCCGAGGCCAUGGCACUGUCAGACGCCCGUCUGCAGGUGAUGGUGUUCAGCGGUGAAACUCUGGUCACGGACGUCACCGUGGUGAGCGCCGAGGGCUGUCGACUGGCUCCACAUGAUGACAACUGGACCUACAGCAGCCCGGAGCUGGUUCCUCUCCCUCAGGUUGAGAGAGGAGCGCUGGAGGGGGGCGUCCUGCUCUGGAUGAUGCCCGAUGGACUGUACGCCCGACGCUUCUGUCAGUCCAGGGUCUACUGCGAUGGGACACACGCUAACCUGAGCACCAAACUCUGCAAACUAGAGCGAGAGCAGACCAGCAAACUACUGGACACACAGCUCUUCCUGACAGAGCUCCAGGGUUAUUUCCUGCACGCUCGUCCUCCUCCGCGUUUCCACGUGCAGCUGUUUUUUGAGUGCUGUGACCCCUCCGUUGACAACAGACCCCUGUCGGUCCAGGUGGAGCCACUGUUCGUCCGUCAGCUGUUGCUCCUCCUCCAGCAGGGCGGUGUGAACUACACGAGGAGCACCCAUGAACUUUGUCCUCUGACCCCUGAGCAGGUUUACCCCGCCCACCAAGAGAAUCCUGUCAUCAGCGGACACCAGACACACGGAAACUUCAUACAAGAGUGACCCCAAAAGAAGUCUGACAGCAGCCAGUGCUCCACACAGAGAUCUGAUCUAAUCAUCAUCAGUCUGUUUGGAAUAAUAUGAAGAAACAGAACAAACUGAGACAGAAUCAAUCCAGAAGAACUGUGCCAAUGUCUCCAAGACACUUCAAGAAACCUGCAAAGAUACAGGACAGUGCAAAGUUUUAGGCAUUUGUGUAAAAAGUGAGGAUGCCGUCAAAAAUAAUGCCAUAGAUAGAUUUUAUUCAUUAACUUCUAUGAUCUUAGCUAAAUUAAAUCAACAUUUGGUGGGACCACACUACAGGUGCAUCUUAAAAAAUGUGAAUGUCGUGGAAAAGUUGAUUAAUUUCAGUAAUUCAACUUGUGUAUUAAAUAAAUUCGGUGCACACAGACUGAAGUAGUUUAAGUCUUUGGUUCUUUUAAUUGUGAUGAUUUUGGCUCACAUUUAACAAAAACCCACCAAUUCACGAUCUCAACAAAUUAGAAUACUUCAUAAGACCAAUAAAAAUAAACAUUU